UGCAGGGUUACCGCGCCCAUCUCUGCUGUUUGAUGGCCGCCGGAAGAAGCUGCUGAGAUCCUGACGCCGAGGAAGGGAAGAGGGACGACGACGUCGUAGGACCAGAGUGUUUUUUGCCGUCAAGGUGGAAUUUGUGGGGCCUACGGAGACUGCUCACGCGGAACUGUGAACGCCUAUCUUGGGGUGAAUAACUGCCUCAUAUUUGCUCGACUGUGCCGGUGUGUCCCCCCCUUCCUUGGCGGGUUUCAAAACUGUGUUCGGGGAGUGCCGCUCUUCGCUAGCUACACUGAGCGCCUGGCUGGAGAGAGGAGAGACGAGCUUUUACUUGUUUCCAGCCGAUGUGAUUUUAAGCGCUGAUUUCAUUUGAAAGCAGAUCAGAAAGAGUCGAGGCGGCGGAGCGAAGCUCACUAUUAGCAGAGAAAAAUGAGUGAACUGGAUCAGCUACGCCAGGAGGCUGAGCAGCUCAAGAACCAGAUCCGAGAUGCCAGGAAAGCCUGUGCUGAUGCCACCCUGUCCCAGAUUACAGCAAACAUUGACCCCGUUGGCCGAAUUCAGAUGCGCACUCGCCGGACACUGAGGGGGCAUCUGGCUAAAAUCUAUGCCAUGCACUGGGGCACUGAUUCAAGGCUUUUGGUCAGCGCCUCCCAGGAUGGAAAACUUAUUAUUUGGGACAGCUACACCACGAACAAGGUCCAUGCCAUCCCGCUGCGCUCCUCUUGGGUGAUGACGUGCGCCUAUGCCCCUUCCGGUAACUAUGUCGCAUGUGGCGGCUUGGACAACAUCUGCUCCAUCUACAAUCUGAAGACCCGUGAGGGAAAUGUGCGUGUUAGCCGCGAGCUGGCUGGACACACAGGCUACCUGUCCUGCUGUCGCUUCCUGGAUGACAACCAGAUCGUCACCAGCUCUGGAGACACCACCUGUGCUCUGUGGGACAUUGAGACUGGGCAGCAGACAACUACGUUUGCUGGCCACACUGGUGAUGUCAUGAGUCUCUCUCUGGCACCUGACACGAGGCUGUUUGUGUCUGGGGCCUGUGAUGCCUCAGCCAAACUCUGGGACAUCAGAGAAGGAAUGUGCCGGCAGACUUUCACCGGCCAUGAGUCGGACAUCAAUGCCAUUUGCUUCUUCCCCAAUGGCAAUGCCUUUGCCACGGGCUCAGACGAUGCCACCUGCCGGCUGUUUGACCUGCGUGCUGACCAGGAGCUGAUGGUGUACUCGCAUGACAACAUCAUCUGUGGUAUCACCUCUGUGGCAUUCUCCAAGAGUGGACGUCUACUGCUGGCUGGCUAUGACGACUUCAAUUGCAAUGUCUGGGACACUUUGAAAGCCGAUCGUGCAGGCGUCCUGGCUGGUCAUGAUAACCGGGUGAGCUGCUUGGGUGUGACUGACGAUGGCAUGGCAGUGGCAACAGGGUCCUGGGAUAGCUUCCUCAAGAUCUGGAACUAGAAUCUGAAGAUGGUAUCCGGACGCCAAAGUGGCAUGGACGACCAUUCCAACAUCACAAUGUUUAAUUGUAUUGCAUAUCCAAUCUUUUCAAAACAUGAUACUGACUCAAAACACCCAACAAACUAUUAAGGGCAAAAAUCUCUCACUCUCUCUCCUCCUCCUUAAAAGAGCACAAUUGUCUGUCACUCAUUCAGUUCCAACAGUUACAGGUCAAGGUAUUUGGUUGUCUCAGAAUGGACGGAUGGAAAAAACUGUGCGUUCCUCUCAUGACCACAGUUGGAGUGAAUAUUAUUGCAUGACAGCGAUCUAACUCUUUAUAGUUCUUGGACAUAUUUCAGUUGUUUUUUUUUUUUUCAUCAUCUCCGUCAAAGUCCAAAUGUCGGUUGUCUGUUAAAAUGAGGAUCAAAUCUUUGUAUUAUUUGCUAAUCUUUACAUGUUGAAAGAAUGUUUUCACUUGAAAAUAUCCUUGGGAAUUAGGCUUUAUCCCACAGGAGAACAAAGCGAGAGAAUUUUGCUUCAACGGGGAGUCCUCAAGCCACCUUAGGCCCUGCUGUAUAUUUAGACCCAUGAAACUUCUUCCCCUCCCCUCCCCCAGUGUAGUCCACAAAUCUUUGUUUGCACAAAAAUGUAAACUUUGCAUAUAUAGAAUAUUGUCUAAAGAAAAACAGUUAACUAACCAAGCACAUGCUGUUAUAAAUGAAUGCUCGUUUUUAAAAUGCAAAAACCUUAAAAAAAAAAAAAAACAUUUAACCAUUCUUAAACCUUUUUGUCUGGCACCAGUCUAGACUAAUGAUAUGAAGAUUAAUCUAUUGGAUCAUAAUCCACCCAACCCUUUCUAUAUUUUAUUUGACUUAUUUUCCUCCUGUAGUUUUUGUGUUGCUGCGGUUGGGACCGAGGGAUGCGACUGGUUGGUUGGGUUGGGAGUCGCUCCAUUUUAGUCAGACUGUGUUCCAGAGCUUUCUCAAACGGGUGCCCAUUCCGUGCUUGGAAACGCAGUUACUACUCUGUGAAUGACACGUUGUAUAAAUCAAUGUUUGAAAAUAAUAUUGAAACUUUUUAAGUUAAAAAUUAAAAAAAAAACGGUUGUCUGCUAUGGGUGGGUUAUCUCUUAGAAUCGCAUGCUGUAGAAUUGCUUAAAGGUGCAUAUGGAAAUAAGUCCUUUGAUGUUUUCUUUAAGAAAAGAACCUGUUGAAUAUACAGCAUCAAUACAAUGGUAUUUAUUUUUAUUCCCCCCCCCCCAGUUUUGACUUCCUUUGUUUUUUGCUACUCCCGUGCAUACCAUAAUAAAACUAAAAUGGCAAAGCUAUGCACAUGAGAAGCAAACCCUGCAUUACAAAGGUUGCUUGGUCCAUACUUGGGGAGGGAUUACACAAAUUAUUUAGACGUAAAUGUAAAUCGUACACGCUCGCAUAUACAGUUAAUCACCUAAACACACCGAUAGGACACAUUUUCAUUCCUUCUGUAGCAAACAAAAUUCCACUUUCAAAGAAAAACAUUUUAUAACACUUUUUUCUGUCCUUUUAAUUAAAAAAUAUCUUGCAGCAUCUGGAUGGCAGACUUUUUUUGUUCCCUUCUCCUUGUAAACAAGAUGCUCUUCCUUUUAGCAGUAAUGCCAUUGUUUUUUCUCUGCAACAGUCUGUACAAAAAGAUGUGCUGUAACUGUGUGUUAGGCCUGGAGUUGGCAAAAAAAGAAUAAAAAAAGUCCAAAUUAAUUAAAUUCCAUUUCCUUUUCUCUUUCUCCAUCAAAUAACCAUAGCACCCUCUCUAUUCCCUUUUCACCUUUUGUAUUUAAUUUUCAAGUGAGUCAGUGUACAACCGAAAGCUGGAUGCAAGAUAGAAACUAUAUUAAAAUGUACUGUUAUUUAAGAUGUAAUAAAAAGCAGUUUGAGAUGACAUAA